GCGGCCGCAGCCUGUCUGGUUCCUGUCUCCGUCACAUAUCGGGGCUCCCUAUCGGACACAGCACUUUACGAGCUGCCUUAGCAAACUUUGAAACAAAGUUACUCUACAUAGCUAGACUGUCUGAAAUAUAAAAGAGUACGUGCCCCAUUAGCAGGGAGUGGACAAAAUGCCUGCGGUUUCUAAAGGCGAUGGGAUGCGUGGCCUAGCCGUGUUCAUCUCUGACAUCAGGAACUGUAAAAGUAAAGAGGCAGAGGUUAAGAGGAUAAACAAAGAACUGGCCAAUAUCCGUUCCAAAUUUAAAGGAGACAAGGCUCUAGACGGCUACAGUAAAAAGAAGUAUGUCUGCAAGCUGCUCUUUAUCUUUCUUCUGGGCCAUGACAUUGACUUCGGACACAUGGAGGCUGUCAACCUCCUCAGCUCCAACAAGUACACGGAGAAACAAAUUGGUUACCUGUUCAUCUCGGUGCUGGUGAACUCGAACAGCGACCUGAUCCGUCUCAUCAACAACGGCCUCAAGAACGACCUGAACAGCCGCAACCCGACCUUCAUGAACCUGGCCCUGCACUGCAUCGCUAAUGUGGGCAGCAGAGAAAUGGCCGAGGCGUUUGCUUCUCAAAUCCCCAGCAUCUUGGUGGCAGGGGACACAAUGGACAGUGUGAAGCAGAGUGCGGCACUGUGUCUGCUGCGGCUCAACAGGACGUGCCCUGACCUGGUCCCCAUGGGUGAAUGGACAGCACGAGUGGUCCAUCUGCUCAAUGAUCAGCACCUGGGAGUGGUGACAUCAGCCACCAGCCUCAUUACCACUCUAGCCCAGAAGAGUCCCGAGGACUUCAAAACAUCCAUCGCACUGGCGGUGGCCCGGCUCAGUAGGAUCGUGACUUCGGCGUCCAUCGACCUACAGGACUACACGUACUACUUUGUUGCAGCGCCGUGGCUGUCCGUCAAACUGCUGCGCCUGCUGCAGUGCUACACUCCACCCGAGGAUGCGGCGCUGCGAAGUCGUCUGACGGAGUGUCUGGAGACCAUCCUCAACAAAGCCCAGGAGCCACCCAAGUCCAAGAAGGUCCAGCACUCCAACGCAAAGAACGCCGUUCUGUUCGAGGCCAUCGCCCUCAUCAUCCACUACGACAGCGAGCCCACCCUGUUGGUACGAGCCUGCAACCAGCUGGGCCAGUUUCUGCAGCACAGGGAAACCAACCUCCGUUACUUGGCUUUGGAGAGCAUGUGCACGCUGGCCAGCUCCGAGUUCUCUCACGAGGCAGUGAAGACGCACAUAGACACUGUGAUCAACGCUCUGAAGACGGAGCGAGACGUGAGCGUCCGCCAGCGAGCUGUGGAUCUGCUCUAUGCCAUGUGCGACCGCAGCAACUCCAAGCAGAUCGUGGCAGAGAUGCUGAGCUACCUGGAGAACGCCGACUACUCGAUCAGAGAGGAGAUAGUGCUCAAGGUGGCGAUCCUCGCGGAGAAGUACGCCGUGGACUACACCUGGUACGUGGAUACCAUUCUCAACCUCAUCCGCAUGGCCGGCGACUACGUCAGCGAGGAGGUGUGGUACCGCGUCAUCCAGAUCGUCAUAAACCGAGACGACGUCCAAGGCUACGCGGCCAAGACCGUCUUUGAGGCGCUGCAGGCUCCCGCCUGCCACGAGAACCUGGUCAAGGUGGGGGGUUACAUCCUGGGAGAGUUUGGCAACCUUAUUGCCGGUGACUCUCGCUCCAGCCCGCUGGUCCAGUUCGACCUCCUCCACUCCAAGUUCCACCUGUGCUCCGUGCCAACUCGGGCACUGCUGCUGUCGGCCUACAUCAAGUUCAUCAACUUGUUCCCUGAAGUGAAGGCCACGAUCCAAGAGGUCCUACGCUCAGACAGCCAGCUCCGCAACGCCGACGUGGAGCUUCAGCAGAGAGCCAUCGAGUACCUGAGGCUCAGCUGCAUCGCCAGCACCGACAUACUGGCCACGGUCUUAGAAGAGAUGCCUCCGUUCCCAGAGAGAGAGUCGUCGAUCCUGGCGAAGCUGAAGAGGAAGAAGGGCCCGGGCAACGUGCCCGACAUCGACGACGCCCGUUGGAAUGUCAACGGCAACGGCAACGCCGAGCAGAGCGAGAACGCUGAAGGCACCAACAAGUUCUCUCCUUCACUGAUGGCAGACCUUCUCCCUACCAACAGACCCCGCCCUGCCUCCUCUAGUCCCACCAUGCUCUCUGCUGGGACCAUGGGUUCCGCCCACCCCUUCACAGACCUGCUGAAUCUAAACCCCAGCCCUUCAGCAGGAGCCAGCCUGCUAGUGGAUGUGUUGUCCGACAGCUCCACCCCUGCAUCCGCAGACGUGUCUGAGGAGAACUUUUCCAGGUUCGUUUGUAAGAACAACGGUGUUAUCUUUGAGAACCAGCUGUUGCAGAUUGGACUGAAGUCCGAGUACAGGCAGAACCUGGGUCGCAUGUAUGUGUUCUUCGGCAACAAGACCUCCACCCAGUUCCUCAGCUUCUCCUCAUCGGUCACCAGUAGCGACACCCUCAAGAUUCAGCUGAAUGUCCACACCAAGCCGGUCGACCCCACAGUAGAAGGCGGAGCUCAGCUCCAGCAGAUCCUCAACAUCGAGUGUUUGUCAGAUUUCACAGAUGCACCGGUCCUCGACAUCCAGUUCAGAUACGGCGGAGCUCUUCAGAACAUUGCCGUGAAACUCCCCGUGAUGCUGAACAAGUUUUUUCAGCCCACGGAGAUGGCAUCCCAAGACUUCUUCCAACGCUGGAAACAGCUCGGAGUUCCUCAGCAAGAGGUUCAGACGAUCUUCAAAGCCAAACACCCAAUGGACACAGAUGUCACCAAUGCCAAGAUCUUAGGUUUUGGUGUAGCUCUGCUGGAUGGGGUGGAUCCCAGUCCUGCCAACUUUGUCGGAGCCGGAGUCAUUCACACUAAGAACACUCAGGUGGGCUGCCUGCUCAGACUGGAGCCCAACACACAAGCACUGAUGUACCGUCUCACCCUCCGGACCAGCAGGGAGUCUGUGUCUCAGCGACUGUGUGAUCUGCUCUCUGACCAGUUUUAGACUCAACACAGCUCCAGUAUUUCUACACCUUUUACUCUCCUAGUCUCUCUUUAUAUAGAAUUGAUGUAUUGUACAGUGUAAAUUCUUUUUUUAAAUUUUUUUUUUAUUUGACUAACUCCACAUGUAAAUGAAGUGAAAUGUAUUUUUCGCACAUUACUAAUAUAUCACUGCUUUAAACCUGCCUUCAUGUACUCACACUGAGCACCUUAGCCGAGGGGGGAAAGGCUCUGGAUGCUUCUCUGCAGUGUUCUGCAGCUCCACACUUCUGAACAGUUCAUGAAAUAUUGUGUUUUAUUGCUCGGGUGCUGCCUCUCUCAUCCAAACCAAGAGUUGGUUUGGACGCAUUAAUGAGAUUGAGUUAGUUGAAAAUCUCAGUAGCAUUGUAAACUUACCAGUGAUCUCAACAAUGACAUCCGUUGUUCCGGCUGCCUUCCUAUGACACUUUUGUGUGUUUAAAAAAAAAUGAUGCACAGAAAUGGGAAGCUUUCCUCGACUUCUCGGCCAUUUUGCACUUGAUAGUUAAAAAAAAAAAUUUGAUCACAUAAGUAGACCUACGGUAGUCCUGAGAGGGAAAAAUUAAUUUAGGGAGGAAAAAGUUCCUGAGAUCCAUUUUCUAAGUCUGAUCUAAAUUGUUUUCUCUCCUGUGCUUGAAAAAAAGUUUUGGCCAAGAUAAUCUUCCCAAGUUCCUUAAUUAUUCCUGAUUCAACAGGUGAAAGAAAAAAAAAAAAGUGUGUUUUUGUAAUUCCUGUUUUGGUCACAUGGAGCAGAAGUGCACCACUUCCUCAUGUUCUAAAUAGGACUUAAAGCAUUGUUUUCCUCGAGGUGAGUUUUAUUUUGCAUAACUUGCGAACACACAGUAAAUGUACCUUAUGUUUAGAGUGCAUGGAGACAUUAACACUCACCUGGAAGAAAACAUGAAUGCGUUUGGUGAAGACUGCCGAAAUUAAAAAUGAUUACUAAAAACUAUUUCAGAUCAGACUUGGGAAAUCGAUCACCAGAAUAAUUUAUUUUUUUUCCUCACUUGCCUCUCGGGGCUUCUGUACUGACAGAUUUAGACGAGGUCAUCUUUACUUCAGUGUCAGAAUUCUCAAAUAUUUCACUAAUUUUACACGUCUGUCAUCUCAGGAGAAAAAAGCUAAGCUUUUUGUGGUAUUGUGGUAUUUUCUAGCAAAAGAAAAUCUCUUUGGAUGCUACAAUUUUUGAUGGUGGCAUUUUUUUUGAGCUACACUGUGCACGAAGUUUACACGUUGAAUUCAGGCACUCCGAUAAAACGGGAAAUAAAAUCAAUACAGAACAAUAGGCAGCACAUGGAUAUGAAUGUCUGAUUCUGUUUCCAGAAUAUAGUAGUCUGAUUUUCACGUAGCAUUCUCCUCCGCUAUCUGCGCUUUCUAUUUGUGAGGGCGACGUCGCUGCAUCCUGCGCUCAGUGCCGCCAUAGACGACUGUGAUCGGUGUAACGAAGUGCAAACAAGCCGGAGUGUGUUUGUUCUCCCAAUAGCAGAAGGAUGAGAGGUGACACCAGACCGUUCUCCAGUGCUGACACAAGGCUGUGGAGACGGGUCCACAAUAUCUACUGAACUCCACACAGUGCCUGUGAACAGAACGAACCUUCAAAUAGUAAAGAGUAAUAUUUCAUAUAUAUAUAUAUAUAUAUAUAUACUUUCACCUAAAUGCAUUUAUUCACAGAACACUGCCAAACUGUUAGAAGUUCUACAUUUCAAUAACGUAUGGUGUAUUUUCUGUUUUAUAAAAUGUACUUUUAUC